GUCAAACAAUUAUUUCGAGAAAGAAAUAUUUUUGCUGGUGUUUUGUAUCGUGUUGAUGCCAAUAAAAACCUGCGCAAAUCGUCGUAAACACAUAUUUUUCAUGAAAUAAUGAUAUCAGUGCAAAUUUUCAUUUGGAGGCAGUAAGAAUUCACUGAAGCACAAUGAGCAAGCACAUGUACUCGACUGCAAACCUGACCGACAAGGAGUUGAAGGAGCAGGGUAACAGAUUGUUCAGUUUGCGCCGAUUUGAAGAUGCUAUGAACUGCUACACUAAAGCUAUCAUAAAGAACCCGUCAGUAGCAACAUACUUCACAAAUCGUGCGCUAUGCCACUUGAAGAUGAAGCGAUGGGAGGCAACGUGCCAGGACUGCCGACGUGCCCUGGACAUCGACACCAACCAGGUCAAGGGGCACUUCUUCCUUGGACAGGCACUUGUUGAGCUAGAGUGCUAUGAUGAAGCUAUUAAACAUUUGCAUAGAGCAAAUGACCUGGCUCGAGAGCAGAAGCUGAACUUCGGCGACGAUAUCGCGGCGCAGAUCCGGCUGGCCCGCAAGAAACGCUGGAACGUCCAGGAGGAGAAAAGGAUAGCGCAGGAGAUCGAGCUGCAGAGUUAUUUGAAUAGGCUAAUAAUAGAAGACACACAGCGUCGAAUAGAAUCACUCAAAGUAGAAAAUAAUAACGAAGAGGAGAUCAACUCAAAAAUUUCCAAAAUUGAGGAGGAACAUAAUAACUACACAAGUGAAUUAAAUAAUUUAUUCGCUAAAAUAGACGAGAGGAGACGGAAGCGAGACGUCCCGGACUCGUUGUGCUGCCGGAUUAGCUUCGAGAUCCUUAAGGAGCCGGUGAUCACGCCCAGCGGCAUCACCUACGAACGCAAGGAUAUCGAGGAGCAUCUCGAGCGAGUUGGCCACUUCGACCCGGUGACCCGCGUGAAGUUGACAGCAGAUCAGCUGAUCCCCAACUUCACAAUGAAAGAGGUUGUCGAUGCCUUCCUCCAGGACAACGAGUGGGCUCUCGACUACUAAGCUCAACACUGCUCAACUACGAAUAUACAAGCUUGUACGGUCGGCAACGUGAGUUGCUCAACAUUUAUGACUUAAAUGCUACUCUUAGGCCGCUCGCACUUGCAGCGUUUUCGUACGCAUGCGUAUACGUACGAACCCGCAGGAACAAUCCCUACUUUUCAAGUACUUUUCGAACGCACAUUUGGCAGUUAUGGACCAGUGUUCGCACGUGUACGCAUGAAGCGAAUUCGUACGAAUCCCCGUACAAAGUGCGACCGGCUUUAAAAGUAAAUGUGAACUACUUGUGUUACUGACUGCAUUCAAUCUACACACAGAAAGUUAUGAUCUCCUACGUUCAUUUCUCAGACGAUUUGCUUACCUAUAGUACAUAUUCGCGGACUCGUGUAUGAUGUGUUCUUUGUGGUCCUGAAUGGGUUAUUUGACGCUAAAUCUUUACCGACUUCACUGGUUUUUUAACCUGUGUCAUAGGGUAGUUUCCAACUAGUCAAAUCAUUUACUUUUUAUAAACCUCAAAACAUGAAAUUACUAUGUGACAUCAUAGAAAACGUGACAAAAUGUCGCACUUACACAUUUUUCUUUAUUAAAUAAGUUAAAUAGAAAAAUAAAACAUUUUUUGUCACCUUUAGAUCUGUCUUUAUUUAGUAAUCAGAAUUUCAUAAUUUAUCUUUGACCUUGGAAACUACCCAACUGAUGACUGACACUUUACGGACAAAAGUACUUUCUUAAUAUCCACUAGUUGUUGCCUGGAAUUCGUACGCGGGAAUCGACGCUUCUUUCAUCUUUUCGUGAUUGAAGAAAAAACAAGUGCUUGCUUAUUUACCUCUAAUUAAUAUAAUUAUUUUGUGUUUUAUGUUACUAAAUCCAGAUUGAGUUAGUCACGCAGUUUCUCUCUAUAUUUUGAUAUGUUGAGGAAUAUGAUCAUCAAUUUCAGUGUUAGGCCACAAAAACUAUACUAAACAAGAAGUUUGCACAGCUGUAAAGCGGUAAUUACAUUACCCAAUCCACCCCAGACUGAUGCGUCAAGGUCACAUAGGGAUCGGGAAACGACGGUAUUAGACUAGCUCGAUAUCGUGGUUACCAUGGUUACGCCUCAUCGAGUCGCUCGAGGCCGUGGUUACCAUGGUAACGCCCCGCCAAUUUAUUACAUGAUCCUGAUCGCUGCGCCCGUGACCUUGACGCAUCGGGCUUGAUGGAUUGGCAUAUAACCGCUUAAAUCUUGCACAAUCCAUCUGUCAUCUGUCUAACUAAAGAACGAGUGGUUGUGUCAUCUUGCUAAUGUAGACGAAGAAAAUUGUUCUGUAAUGCCAAAGAGACAGUGAAUAAUUUACAAUUACGUUUAUUUAUUAUUUUAAUUUUCCUUAAUAUCGUAGUUUGUGCUUCACUGAACGUCAGUACCUACUGAAUGUGGACGCUGUUAUCAUCAGACUAAAAUAUUCAUGGUUUUAGCUUACUUAAGUAACUUUUCAGAUUUAUUUUAUUUUUUUAUUUUUAUUUUGUUAUUGAAAACAGCUGUAAUAGGGCUUCUAACGCAUGCCUAACGAUGGUCUACAACUCCUUAGUCCCAAUAAUAGAGAUACAAACAUAAUAAUAUAGACAGCCCCGUCAGACUCCACAACUGGAUAUAAUACCUCUCAUUUCCUAUAUUUCCGCUUUAGUAGUUAUUGUCAUUUAAUUAAAACGUAUAAUACCGGGUUCUUACCCGGUCCAUGGACUCUGAUUAAACGCGGUAAGAACCCGGUAUUAUGUAAUUCAAUUAUGACAAUAACCGCGUAAACCUCAUACAAAAUAUUGACAUUUCAAUAUAACGUAACCGACUAUUGCUUGAAGCAGCGCAAUGAAGUUCCAGUAAUUGAAGUUUGACGCGUUUUGUUGGGGUAAUGUCAAAUAGUACAUAAAAAAUAUAAAAUAAAAUAUGUUGCAGAUUGUAUUUUACUGAAAUAUUAAUAUUUUGAGAUAAAUUAGGCCAUGAAACCUAAUAUGAAUUAGUUUUAUAAAAUUUGUCAACUACCCUAUUGUACUAAACUUUCUUUGUUAGGUGACUUGCUGUAGGUUUAAUCACUUGGCCGGAACAGUACUGACCUAAGUGAAACACUAGAUACGGUUUACAAUUUUAACAAUAUAUUGACACUGGUGGUAAUCCCUGUAGACACCAUCUAAUUUUAUUUAAGUUAUACCUGUCAUUUUCUUAUCCGCCGAAUUAGUUCCUACCUACAGUUUAAAAUUAAUCAACCUGUCAAUUUUUUUCAGUUUGUUUUCUGAUCACUUCGACACUGGCAGAAUGGUCGUACUCCUAAGCGACCCAUUGCCAUAAUAAAAAGAAAAAAAAAAGGGACGGGUAAUCGACAGGCAUACAAUU